AUGACGUCAGUUAUAUCAAGACAAACUUCAACUGUCUCUUUGAUUUCCCAGAACUCUGUACAGCUGGAAGCUGGAUUGUUAGUUCAAUGUUUGAAUCGCUAUAAGGAGCAUCUUGAAUGUGGUUGCGAGAAAGUUCUGGACUCCAAAUUCUCAAAGAAAGGAUUAGGCUCGACAUUUUUGAAUCAUCCGAAUUCCCCACUCAGUGAUGACACCACUGGUAAUGAUUCAGCAGGAGGAACGGGCCUAGAACACAUCACGACUUCUGUUGUUCGAAAACUUGAUGCUGGGGCUCGUGAGAGUUUGGGCCAACACUUAAUUCAGUUGUUAGCUACCAUUGUCCUACCAGAUCCUCCUCGAUCUAUAAGUGAAGCAGAUGGUCGCCUGGGUGGCAGUCUACAAGGCAUUCCAGACAAAUUAAUGCCCACUGACAGCGACAUGGACAAUUAUCGUAUUUUGGCGGAUAAAGGAUGGAAAAUGGUGCUAAAUUUACCAUUCGAUAAGGUAUUCGCUGCCCUUAAAGUUAAAUGUAAAUCAGAAGAAAAAGUGACUGAAGGCGUCUCUUGCAUCAAAGGUCGUUUCCAAUGUCAUCUAAUUGAUAUAUACGAAGAUACUAUAAAUAUUACAGAAAGUAUACUAAAUAAUAAUGAGUGUGACAGUGAACAACAACCACCAAUAGACGAGGUGGACUCAUCAUCAUCAUCAUCCGUUAAACAUUUCCUCUCUAAAUAUUCAGAGAAUGUACAAAUCGAUAAAGAAUUCAUUGAAGAAGAUGAUAAUACACUUCCUGGAUCAUUUAGUGAUACCUUGUUGGCAUAUCUAUCCAAUAGAGGCGAGUAUGGUUGUGAAGAUACACGUUAUUGUUGGUCUGGUCAACCUAUUUUCAAUGGUCUCCCUCCAAGAAAUGAUUUAAUUCAAUGCCUUACAUUGUUACCUUGUAAUGAAGAGUCGCACUCUGGGGAACAUUCUACUGGUAGUGAUGACGGUGAACUACUGACUUCUAAAUCAUGGUUGUUAAAUAUUAUUACAGUCCUGGUAUUCACAUGCCGUAAUUCUUAUUGGAAAGAGACAGAUGACUGGAUAGAAGAGUGUGUUAUUGUACAGACGGAUGAGAAUGUGACAAAGAUUAAUAAUCCAAUAAAUUGA